GCGAUGAAAUGUAACAUUUACAAACUAUAAUUUUAAUAAAUAAUUGUCAUUGAAACGCUCUUUUAAUUUUAUUUGUGAGCGAUGUGAUCAGUCAUCGAUUAUUAGUUAGCAGACUUGUCAGUGUCUGCGUCUUGGACCGUCCGACCAAUGACAGUCCAGCUGUGACGUCAGCUGCUGAAUAUGAAUAAUUUCUGGCCCAAUAGGGAUCCUCUGGGACGAGGACUGGUCAGAGACGGUAUGAAUAUUUGCUGUAAAAUAAAAGUGUUACGAGAAAGUUCUGAGAAUUCUCAUUACAGAGCACAGAGGAGACCGACGCUAUCGUUUUAUGGACGUCAUUAUGGACUGAAGUACCAACUCCUGGAGACCGGCUCCAACCAUGACCCAUAGUCCCUCUGAUGGAGACUGAGAGAUGGAUGCAGAGGUGAUGGAGAACCGGAAGCGUGGACUCCGGUACAUGUGCGCCCUGAGCCUGCUGUUGGUCUCCGUGUGUCCGCUGAGCUGCACAGGCAGCUGGAUGUGGCUCGGCGUGACCUCAACUGGAGCCCUGGAGAAGCUGGACUGUACCAACCUCCCUCUGAGCCACAGACAGCGGGAGCUGUGCAGGAAGAAACCCUUCCUGCUGCCCAGCAUCCAGGACGGAGCCCGACUGGCCAUCAGAGAGUGCCAGAACCAGUUUAGACACGAGCGGUGGAACUGCUCCACCACCAAUGAGGUGUCAGUGUUCGGGCACGAGUUGACAAGUGGAACCAAAGAAACUGCGUUCAUCUACGCAGUGAUGGCGGCAGGUCUGGUCCACACUGUCACGCGCUCCUGCAGUCAGGGCAACAUGACUGAGUGCGGCUGCGACCCUCGCCUGCAGGGCAGCAGCGUCCCUGCAGAGGGCUGGCACUGGGGGGGCUGCUCGGACCACAUCCAGUAUGGAACCUGGUUCAGCCGCAAGUUCAUAGACAACGCUGUCAAAAACAUGUCCACCAGCAGGGGGGGCUACACACUACUCGCCAUGAACCAGCACAACACUGAGGCCGGACGUCAGGCCAUCGACAGGACGAUGGCGACAGACUGUCGUUGUCAUGGCGUUUCUGGUUCCUGUGCCGUGAAGACCUGUUGGAGGACGAUGGCCCCGUUCGAACGUGUGGGCCUCUACCUGAAGGACCGGUACGAGCACAGCGUCCAAGUGUCGGACCGUUCAAAGAGAAAGACCAGGAGGAAGGAGCAGCGCCGCCCUCAGGUCGACAAACACCAGCUCAUCUUCUUCAACAAGUCUCCUAACUACUGCCUGGAGGACCAGCGGAGGGGGGUCGCUGGCACCAGAGGGCGGCGUUGUAACCGGACAUCUGCAGGACCAGACGGCUGCAACCUGCUGUGCUGCGGGCGGGGGUACAACACCCACGUGGUCAGACACGUGCAACGCUGCGAGUGCAAGUUCGUUUGGUGCUGCUACGUUCGCUGCCGCCGCUGUGAGAGCAUGAAUGACAUGCACACCUGUAAAUAAAGGAAUCGGAGCACGGACCUGCGGACUUCCAGAUCCUUGGACGACUCCCUAAAUUUUUAUUUUCUGUUAUCUUGGAUCCUCUUGGGAAUGCUCUGAUCCUGGUUACAACUUUCUGGAUCCUGAUUUAAAUUCAGUUCUGGAUUCAGACUAUGGACGGUGAUUGGACUGCCCCGGAUCCUCACAUUUAAUUCUGUUUAGAGCGCCCCCACCUGCUUUGGACUGCGUAGCGACAUCAGGUUCAGAACCUUUAGGUUCCUGUUCAGACUACUCUAGGUUUGUUUUUGUUCACACUGCAGCAGAUCCUGCUCUGGAUCCUGUUCAAAGAGGUUCCAGUUUUCCCUGGACUGUUUCUAAACAUCUUUGGACGAUCUUUAGAAUUUUCUAGAUCACGUUCUCUGUUCUAGAUGUUCUGAAUUAUUUUUGGCUGUUAACAUCUUCACAAACAAACAAACUUGAUG